GCACACUCCAUGGCUUAUAAAUACCUGGGCAUGCCGCGUGGUGGACUUUCAAAUGAGACAAAAAGACAUCACUGGGCCUCAAAUUGCGUAUCAUUCUGAAGACAUACCAUUUCCACUUCACUUAUCCCCUGUGCCCUUUCUCAACCAUGGCGUCUUUGUUUUUAAAUGUCACUUGCCCCUACAGAACCCGUCUGGUCGCUGGCAACUCAGCACAAUUGAUUGGGAAGCAUUCGCGAACACGGGCUUCCCCAUGGACAGCAGUCAUGCCUGGGAGAAGAUCCCAGAGUACACAGUCUCCCCUCGUUACAAAGUCAUCAUGGACCCACCCGGUAUACACAAUGUCUCAACUUCAGUCUAUUCAGACGGCUCAUCGCAACGCCGAAGGCUGGCCAGAUAAAAUGGCUCUGGGAACUGUCCGCUUUCUACGAUGGAGUAUGGACUUGGUCACAGGGUACCAUCAUUCACGUCGACGCGACGUACACUCUCGCUUCCGAAUGACCGAACAAAAAUGGAUUACAAGAUUCAUUUUCCUGGAGAGCGUUGCGGGCGUUCCCGGGAUGGUAGCUGCUAUGCUGCGACACCUAAAGAGUUUAAGGAGGAUGAGGCGAGAUUAUGGAUGGAUCGAGACCCUCCUAGAAGAGGCCUAUAAUGAAAGGAUGCACCUUUUAACCUUCCUUAAACUAUCCCAACCAGGGCCUGCCAUGCACUUCAUGGUCCUAGCAGCACAAUGCGUUUUCUUUACGGGAUUCUCGCUCGCCUACCUGAUUUCUCCCCGGAUAUGUCAUCGGUUUGUUGGGUACCUGGAGGAAGAAGCUGUGAUCACGUAUACCAAAGCGAUCCAGGAGCUUGACCGGGGAAACCUACCCCUUUGGAGCAAUAUGGAGGCUCCAGCAAUGGCAAUCAAGUACUGGCAGAUGCCCAAGGGCCAACGAUCUAUCCGUUCUCUGUUGAUGUAUGUGCGCGCUGACGAGGCGAACCACCGGGAUGUGAAUCACACGCUUGGGAGUCCCAACCAGGAUAGUGAUCCCAACCCCUUCUCGGCCAAGUUCAAGAACGCGAUCAAGGAAGCCAGCCAGCCCUUGUCUCCCGUGAAGGAGUAUCGUUGACGAUUGGGUUGUAGUUCAGCGCCCCUGCAUAUGUUUCCAAAGUUAAUUGGUAUUGAUAUAGAGAUAGAGAAAUAGAAUAUGCUACUUUCAUGGGUUGAAAGCCUUAUGUCAGUUCAGUAGCAGAGGAAGCCAACUAGCAUUGUGAAACCUCUACAACAAACGCAGACUGAGGUAUCAGUGCUUGUAGUAUAAAGGCGAGUUAUUGCUCUAUGAUUCUCUCCACCAGCGGGUUAUCUAUCCCACAAAGUUUACUCAAUACUGCCUAUCUCACUACAGAACUACCGAAGAUGGCCGGCCCAAGUCGAAAUGCCAAUCCCGAAUUCCUGUUGCUAGACACCAAGUGGAA